AUGAAAGUUUCCGAGAUAUGUUCAGACGACUUAGACUUAUAUGUCUGUAUUUUACGCUCAGAUUAUGGAAGUUCAUUAAAGAUUGAUCAUGGAAGAACGAUUAUUAUCAAGCAACACUCUAAAGAUGAUGAUGAUAUUCGGUUGAUUAGUUCAGAAGGAUCAACGGUAUUAAAAGCAGAUGAUCAAAAUGUUCAAGAAAGUCCGAAGCAAGAAAUCACCAUGGCCGCUGUUCCAAUUACAAAAUUUCAUCUUUUGAUCUCAGAAAUUGAAACUGCUUUUAAUGAGAUGCUUACAUUGAAAUAG